AUGCGUAUACCUCUCCUCCUCAUCCUCCUGCUCCAGACCAUCGCGGUCUCCAGCGUGGGCAUCAGUCUCCCACCCCCUCCCCACGACCCUCCACCCACCGACCACGCCGUCCAAUUCCCGUGGAAAUCCCAGCGGGCCAACGCGGCCGACCACACCACCAGAACCCAACUCUACGCGCUCGCCGCCCAACAGCAACAGCAGCAACCGCACUUCGCCCACUACCUGCAACACUACCUGGGUAACACCGGGACGGACGCCGACAUCUCGCCGGACGAGCUGCUGGCCGCACUACCCCGCUUCUACGAGGAGGUGCAAACGCUGGUGACCUUCAAGGCGCGCCUGGCCGCCCAGGAUCUGGUCGCGGGCGGACGGCCCACCGUCCUCUUCAGCAGCUUCUGGCACGAAUACGCCACCACCGGCGAGGAAGGCUGGGAUUGGUUCCUCGCGCUGGACCGUUUCCUGUACAGUGUCACGGGCGCGGUGCAGCUGGCCGCGGACAGCAGAGCGGAACCCAAAGUGCAGUUUCGGGUGGAUGUGCUGCGCCCAUUUGAUUUUUCGGCCGGCCGAGAGAUCGUGCUCGGUCGAUAUGAGUAUCGCGACGCGCAGCUGGUCGACUUGCAGGUCAAGGGGCUGGCGCGGGAGUUUGUGAUUCGAGGGUCGAGCCAGGGGUAUUACCUGGAGCAGCAGCAGCAGCAAAAACAGGAGGAGGGGGAGGACAGCACGGUAUCCGUAAACCCAUAG